AUGUCGGGUCGUCGUGGUCAUGAAGCGAACUCUGGUCAGAUCUUCGAUGAACUCGAAGAGGUGGUCGUCGCCGAUUCGGAAAGCUCGACACUGAGCCCGGUCAGCCCUCUCUCGCACCCUGAACAAGAGAUCGAGCGCGCACCGCAGCCGACUCACGCCCCUUCUCCACAACCACAACGGGAAGCACGCGAAGCGAGUGUUGAUAGCCAAGACGGGUAUCAUACACCUUCGGAGUUCCCCGGGGAAGAGCGCGAACCUGCUGCUAGCUCCCAAGAGCAACCUACACGCGAACAUGGUAGGCAAACCACCAGCCCUUCGCCAUCCGAGCUUCAGCCUCGUUCGGGUACCAACACAGCUCCUCCACUAUCUCGUCAAGAAGAGCGUAGCUUAGUCGCCAUUCCCCAAGACCAGACCGCACAGCUUCAUGAAGCGCGGGAACAGAUUGCCAAUAACCGACGCGACGUACAUGCGACUACCGUGGGCCCACCGUCUGAACACCCUUCUCAAGUCGAGCGCAGCCCUGGUGGUAGUAGUCGUGAGGAUCAAGCAUACCAAGAUGUCGUCGUGCGAGAGCCACCCCUAGGCUCCACCGAUGCACCUAUUACCAUUCCACGAACAGAUACCGAGCACACAUUCAAGACAAGCAAAGUCAUGCAGUUCCUAGCAGCGUAUGGAAGCGCACAACAAAGGCCAAACCUCAUCGUUGACUUCAGUACACCACUUGGUCAGAGGCAGAUGCUGGCUCUCAUUCAAGACUUCGCUUCUUGGUGGGCUUCCAAUGGCGGUUGCAUAAAGCGCGGAAAUCUUGGUCUCGAAAUGCCUGACCUUGCCGGGCUCUUGUUCCCGCAAUAUGAUGGCUUGACAACGAUGAUCAUGUCUAAGCAAUCCACUCAUGUACCACAACCCAUCCGGCAACGUCUCGACGAGGUGUUCUGGGAAGGCAUGCUCUUUUGGUUUCGUACUUCCGAGUACGCGGUGGACCCAAAACAGGUCUUGGGGGACAAAUGUGGUUUGACUGCGCAUGGCAAAGCUCUCUCAGGAUGGAGGAUUUGCUUAGUCCAGAAAGUCUUCCCCAACGUAGUCCUAGUUACUUGGGGCCGAACUUCUCAAGGCCAUGAUCUGGACAAGAUACACCCUGGGAACCGUUGGCAAUUCAUGCGACUACUUCCAUUUGACCGUCGAGGUUGGCCCGAAGAUGUUUCAAGGAAACAUAGCCCCCAUGACAAUAUCCUCAUGCAUCCAAAGGAAGAUGAAGGCUGGUCAGUCCAGGAGUUGAAGACACAUUGCAACUUCAAUGUACUUGUUGCCAACGAAGUCAUACCCACUCAGGGUUUCAUAUUCGCAGGAUAUCUCACAGACGACAGUCUUCAUAUGGUUGAGUGGGUUCGCAAUGCCGCUUUUGUUGGGCUUGCCGAGCUUAAGUACAUGCCUCCAACCCCAUCUGGAGUCGACGAGGGUGCAGUACGGCGAGGUUUGGAGAAUAACCACUAUCCGCGGCAGCAACCAACCGGCUCUAUCAAGCCAAAGCUGUUCCCUGCAGCGUACCGAAUGCCAGCACCUCCCCCGUAUGUCCCAGCACCGGGAGGAGAAGUGUUUGCCUUCCAAGAUGCACCUUCAUCUCCCCAGAUCCCUACUGGUCCUCGUGGCACAGGUGGCGGUAGGCCUCGCGAUCGUCCCGCACGUGGUCCUGGAAGGCAACGUAGUCGGUCGCGAAGUCCACUACCUCGUGAACGUCAAGCUGACCGAAACGGAGACUACGCUCGAGGUUACCCUGGUAGAUCAGCGCAACCUGAUCAACCCAAUCAUCAGCAAGAAGGCCACGACCGCCCUGCCGACACGCGUCUCGGCGACAAUAUCAACCGUCCUGUCUUCAUGCCAGUGAACAACGUGAUGCAAGAUGGAAGAUAUCAGCCUCACGUUAUCCAUAACCAUGCGUCGCGCGAUCACGACGACAACCGCAACCCCGAGCGUGAGAACUACGAGGACGAUCGUGGCCGUGACAGAGCUGAACAGGGUGGCGCGUACCAGCAUCCUGAGCGGCGCGAUCACGACCACGACCAGGACCGCCGUCCCGAGCGUGAACACUACGAGGAUGAUGGUGGUCGUGGCAGGCAUGAGCAGGGUGGUGAGUACCAGAACGGGGAUUUACUCAACUAUGGUUAA